AUGCGACUGUUACUUGUUGCGCUCGGGUUAUUUGUUGUUUACGUGGCUGCACAGGAUGAAGCAGCUGCGGAAGUGAAGGUUGAAAACAACGAGGACGAUGCCGGUACCGAACUUCAACUUGAAACUGAAAAAGACUUGACAAUUGGCCAAGGUGGUUCCGCUUUGGAGCGAUCGAAACGAGCUGCCGACUUGUUCGCGGUUCUGAAACCUAAAAAAGCGGCCAGGAAGCAUAGGAGAGGAGCUGCUGCCGCUCGCCGUAAUCGUCGCCGUCUCAGCCGUCUUCGUCGUAAUCACCGACUCCGUCACCGACGCAACCAGAAACGUGCAGCUCGUCGCCGCGCCAACAUUCGACGACGUUUCGCCAAGGGACUCCGUCGUGCGCACGCGAAACGCACCAGGCACGCUAAGCGUGCGCGCCGUGCUCGUAAGAAUUCUGCUGCGAAGAAGGCUGCAGCGAAGAAGGCGGAGACCGCAAGCGCCGCCGCCACUACCCCAGCUCCCGUUGUUUAG